UCUAAUCAGUAAUCGCCCUUUCUGUCUUUUGUCUUUCUUCUCCUCGGUCCUCACCUCUCCUUCUCUGAUUUUGUCUCCCUAAAACCUUCUUAGCUCAUUGCUGUAGCUGUUCUAUCUCAAGCUAAGGCUUCUUCUAUGCAUUGACGGCGACAGCGCGGCGAAGGGAGUGUCUACUCCGGCUAAAGCUUCAAUCAUUUUUCCUCUACAAAAUACUCUUUCUACAACGCUAGGGUUUGCUUUCCUUUAUCGAUAAGGUCAUGUCGGAAGCUCUAGAGGGUAGUAAGAAAGUGGCGGAUCGUUACCUGAAGCGCGGAACUCUUGGUGAAGGUACAUAUGGUGUGGUCUUCAAAGCCAUCGAUACUAAGACAGGUCAGACAGUUGCCAUUAAGAAAAUUCGCCUUGGGAAGGAGAAAGAAGGUGUGGAUUUCACUGCCUUGAGGGAAAUCAAACUAUUGAAAGAGCUAAAGGAUCCUAAUAUAAUUGAAUUGAGUGAUGCAUUUCCCCAUAAGGGGAACUUGCAUCUUGUGUUUGAGUUCAUGGAGACUGAUCUGGAAGCUGUGAUUCGUGAUAGGAAUAUAUUUCUCUCACCCGCGGAUAUAAAGUCGUAUCUGCAGAUGACACUUAAAGGACUUGCAUUUUGCCAUAAAAAGUGGGUCUUGCAUAGGGAUAUGAAACCAAACAACUUAUUAAUUGGACCAAAUGGGCAGCUCAAGCUUGCUGACUUUGGCCUAGCCCGUUUAUUUGGCAGCCCCGAUAGAAGAUUUACUAAUCAGGUCUUUGCAAGAUGGUAUAGAGCACCAGAGUUAUUGUUUGGUGCCAAGCAUUAUGGACCUGGAGUGGAUGUAUGGGCUGCUGCUUGUAUUUUUGCAGAACUACUUCUACGAAGACCAUUUCUGCAGGGGAACAGUGAUAUUGAUCAGCUGGGAAAGAUUUUUGCAGCUUUUGGUACCCCAAAAUCCUCCCAGUGGCCUGAUAUGGUUUUCCUGCCUGAUUAUGUGGAGUACCAAUAUGUGCCAGGACAGCCUCUGCGCACACUCUUUCCUAUGGCUAGUGAUGAUGCUAUAGAUCUAUUGUCAAAGAUGUUUAUGUAUGAUCCAAAAGCUAGGAUUUCAGCACAGCAGGCAUUGGAACACCGGUACUUUUCAUCUCUCCCUCCACCAACUGAGCCCGCUUUGCUCCCAAGACCUCCACCGAAGCGGGACUCAGGCAACCCCAAAGUUUCAGAUUUUAAUCCACAAGAUGGACCUGUUGUAUUGUCUCCACGUAGAAAGUCAAGGAGAGUGAUGCCUACUCGUGAGGGAUUUGAGGGAAAUGCCGCUCAAGCAGUUAGAACAGAUGUCCAUGGAAAUGAAUUCAGACAAGCAGCUGGAGAGAGGAGUGAGCAGGCUCCUAUGUCCUUGGAUUUCUCAGUCUUUGGGGCGGGACCACCUUCUAGGCCAACGAUUAACAGUGCUGACAGAUCACAUUUAAAGAGGAAAUUAGAUCUUGAAUUCCAACCAGAAGACUGAGUUAUAUAUACAUGCUGUGGAUAUUUGACCUCCUGCUUGGUGAUGCAACAUUUUUUGUGAGUUUGCGUUUCAGACUACCCACCAUUGCUGUCCUUGCCAAAGUGUGCCAAUUUUAACAAAUUCAGUCUUUCAAAAGUCCUGUAUUCACACUUGCCAUAGGCCAUCAAAGGCCCAAAACUUCAAGUUGCAAAUAUCAUUAAUGAUCUUGAUUUUUAACAUAAUAAUUGUAAUACAAUAGUAUACUUAUUAUUUAUUUUACUUGUAUAACUGAGUAAACAUUGUUUUUUCAAUAUUGUUUAGUGGAUGAUGAAUCCUUUGAUUGUUGUGUGAAAUCACUAAACCUAUGCUGUUUCUAUGUGUA